CUUUUGACAAGUGCGGUGCUUCCUCGCUUCGCAAGCAACAUCGUCGUCAUCUUUCGGUCGUGGUGAAUUUCGAAGUACCAGUGAAUAUUAAGCAGUGUGUGGUUGUUGAAAGUCGCGAAUAAUAUCGCAAAUCGGUCGGACGCCGUGUGUUCGGCCAUUUCUUGGUGCGGAUUUACUUCACCUUCGGAUACGGACCAGCCGGCGCAGUUUCGCGACAUCGACCAUUCAAUUAGGUGGAAGCAAUCGAAACAUCAACAUAUCCAUCUGGUUCCUUCCAGAACGGAUGGACUAUUCUCUGGGAUUACGCACCGACCGGAAUCGUUGAUGGUUGGAUGAGCACAGAGUAGCAGAUUUUUUUCCCCCAGUGCCAGUGUUUUUUUGACAGCAGGAAAGUCAAUGCCUGAUGCGAAUCGUUCGUCAGAGUGUUGAUGAGCUAUUUAUUUUGUUGUCCGAAGUCGGAGGUUCAGUCGUCGUCAGGCACAGUGAAGAUUGAAGAGUGACUGCCCCAUCUACUUGCGGCUGAUGGUGAAGAUUCAUUCGGGAGAAUCGGGAAAACAGUUACGUGUAUGUAUUAAUCACCAGCUCAGUCAGGUUGGUGGUGAAAUAGCUCUUGGAUAUACAUACGAGACGCGUAUCGUAUAGUUUGAUAAGGAUAGUGAUAAUCGUGUUCGAGAAGGUUGUGACAACAGUGGCGACCCGUAUAGGGCCUAGGAAGACCGUGUUUGAAUAAUUGAUUUGCCCACAGACAGAGUGCCAAUCGAUACAGCUGCGAGCCUCGUAGUUGGUACAUACGAGUGUGUGUUUUUUGUGUUGCAGUUCCUCCGAGUUCUCCAGCACAGCGCAGUAUAGAUAGCCCCUCCGGAAGGGUAGCAAUUACGGCGAAAGGUGGAGACGGUCGGAACGAAUGGCGUAGAGAGCAGCAAAAGAAACAAGCAACCAGUAGCCACAUUUCGGUGACGUAUUAGUGCGGUGCUUCGAGCCUCGAAUCCUCACGAGUUGACCAUAAAAGUCCAACUUCAGUCGGAGUCAAGUACGAGAGUGUCGAGACCACGACGACGACGACGACGAUGAUGAUGAAACCACCGGAGAACGGUGCUGCAACUGAGACUAUGUGCAAAUACGGUGAAUAAAAUUGAGGACAGCAGUAUGAAUUCAAUGUUUAUCGAAUUGACUUGGUUUGCGAUCGCGAAAAUUUUUGUGAAAUCCAAACAUCAAGAAUAACAUCAACAACGACAACGACUACUAUGGAAGCAAUUAGGGACUGGCUUCUUGUGCCUUCAACCUAGAUCUGACGAAACCUAGAAGCAACACUCACACCUGUCGUAUGAUUAAAGUGAAGUGCUGUGCGCAGUAAUAAUGCAAAAAGACUGAUUCAUACCCGUAGAGUGUAAUAACCAGUUCGUGUUUUUGUUAUCACUUAAACACCUCUCUCGUUUAUAAUUUCAAUGAUCUCAGAGACUGUUUUCAGUGCUCACGCGUGUGAUUUGUUUUUGUUUUGAAGAAAAUCGAAUUUAUUUUUGAAAUCUCCGCCCCGCACAUUCAGCGAACGACGCAACGCAAAGCAAAAUGAUCUCGAACAAGAAGAACUACGUCGAACAGCUGCUCCAUCUGGCUCUAACGUUGAGCUUGCUGCGGGUUGAUCCUGAAAAUUAUCUGGACCUGCACUGGGAGACCCGUCUAGCUGGUACCGGCGUCGGCGGCUGGCAGCUGGAACUCCGAGCCGCCCCACUUACCGACCAGUCAUACGUCAAUCGAAAGGCUCUACCUUCGAUCAUCGAAGAUCUAGCCCGUUUCGAUACGCAAUACAAUGUUCCAACGCAUUUCGACCUACAAACCUACCUGCUCAACAUUCAAAACUCCAACUCCACCAAUCAAACGUCCUCCGCUAGGGCUUCAUCUCCAUCCCCAGUACCGACACAGGAAACGCCCAACUCAACUACAUCGGUUACAAUCGAUCUCCCAACUUUUGAAACCUUCGACACCGAGGACAUAUUCCUCAAUACGGACCCCUUCGCCGAUAGCACAUCGGUCCUCGAACAAAACAUGGCCGAUCUGAACGAUUUCGGAGAAGCUCCAAUCAACACGUACGCCUUGGACGCGAUCCCUCUGAAAAAUGAACCACCUCCCAUGUUCGAAGAUCUUAUCCGGCUUCCACUCGAGCCGAACUUCUUCCAAAAUCACGUUCUGGAACAAGAACUGCAGCAGGCUAAGCUGGAACAGCAGUCAGAAGCUGGUAGUUCACAUGAAUGUUGCCAGUCUUGCGAUGCUCGCAUGAAACAGGUCCAGCAGGUCAAGGUCAAGGAGGAACCCCUCGGGACAGGUGACGACGAAGACUAUCGGCAGGAAUGUGACGGUGGCGCUGCGGCUUCUGCGACUGUUGUUGUAAAACAGGAACCCGUAGAGGAGCUGGUGCAGAUUAAGAAGGAGGAAGUCGAUGAGGACGACGACGAGGACAAGAAGGUCCCGUUGACGGCCGAGCUGACACUGGAGGAGAUGGACCUGAUCGAGGUGCUCUGGAAGCAGGAUGUAGACCUUGGAUUCACCCUGACACCCCCGACAGUGGGCGCCGGAAUGGGUGUCGGAACCAAAGGUGGCGCCGAUAGUUCAGAUGAUCUGGAAAAACUCAAAGUGCUGCUGGAAAUAAAAAAUGAUGAUGAUAAGAAAAAGGAUGACGAGAAGCAACCGGAAGAGAAUCCCUGGGCUGGACUGUCCUAUACGGUCGAUAUCGAAACAGGUGAAUAUGUACUCAACGCCACGGACGGCAGUGAGGCGACACUUCCUCCACCGCUAGCCGAUCUAUUCCUCGAAGAAGGACUCAAUCUACCGGAGUUGAUCAACGAUACUGCUGAGGAAACCGAAGAGCCAGCAAAAAAGAAGACCACAGAACAAGAGGAGGAAGAGGAGUCCGAGGUCAAGCGAAUCGAGAGGGAGCUCGAAUCGUCGGCUGAUGAACUGUGCCAAGGUGCUGCCGCCAGUGUCAGUGCCAGUGGUUCUACUUCUGCCAAUCCAAGUGUCCCGGCCGCCGACGAGAACGAUUUGAGCGGUGACUCCCAGGAAGAAACAGACCAAGCCGCUGCCGUUGUUGCCGCUGGUGCCAACUCGCCGGACGAUCCGGAAGCGAGUGCGACUGCUACUGCUGCUGCUGCUGCUGCCUCUGCAUCCGAUGAUCUAGAGGAUAUUCUGUGCGACAUGAUGAUUCAAACGUCUGCGUCCCACUUUCAGCAUCCCCGCCAGCCGAUGCAAAACUAUGGCCACGGGAUGCACGGUUCGUUGCGGCAGGGUGGUUAUCACCAUCACCACCACCAUCAUCACCAUCAGUCCCGCGUUCCGCUGAACCGCGCCGUGUCGAUGGAACAGCGCUGGCAGGAUCUGGCCAAUCUGCUAAGCUUUCCACCCGGGAUGGGCGUCGGUAUGGGAGUAGGCGAUAUGCCACCGGCACACCCGCACCCGCACUACCCACCGCACUACUCGUACCAGGCUACCGGUGCCAUUCCGCAGCAUGGCCAGUAUCACUCGCAUGCAGCCGUACUACAAAAUGCUUCUUUGGCGGAUAUUGGCCCGACCCAGCCCCACUAUGGACCAAAUCUGGGUUCAGCCGUCUCCACCAGUAUGCAUUUGACUAACUCGACAUCGGAAACGGACGCCGGAGCCACCGGCUACAAGAUGGAUCACGAGAUGAUGUACUAUUCGAACACAUCAUCCGAGAUGAAUCAUACCGACGGAUUUCUCAACUCGAUUCUGGAUGACGACCUACAGCUAAUGGACAUCGCAGUAAACGAGGGUAUGUACACCAUGCGCAUGCUGGACCACAAUGCCACCAGUAGCAAUUCGUCCGUGCUGGGCGGUGCCAUCGGUGGAAGUGCUGCCGCAGUGGCUGCUGCUGCCGCCGCCGGACUUAACGGUCCCGCCCAUCUCGGUGGUCUGAUGUCGGGUGCAACCUCGGUCGCUUCUUCCGGUGCCAUGCAAACCUCUCUGAGCGGUUCUACCGGAGUACACGGUACCAACGGAGCCACCGGAGGUACCACUUCCGGUGACCGAUUGGACGCUUCGAGUGACAGUGCCGUAUCGUCGAUGGGUUCGGAACGUGUUCCGUCGCUUUCCGACGGAGAAUGGGGAGACGGUGGAAGCGAUUCCGCCCAGGAAUAUCACAACAAGUACGGCGGACCAUUCGACUACAGCUACAGUGGCAAUAAUCGGCUGGGCGAUGGAACCAGACAACCACCUGUAGCCCAAAAGAAGCACCACAUGUUUGCGAAAAGAUAUUUCCAAGAACAGAACACUACAAUUCCUUCGCUACCAACUGGAACGAAUCCUCCGUCGGCAGGCCCAGCGGUUGAUCCACAGAGCCAGUUGAAUGCAAGUAUACCAAUCAAAUAUGAAUUCGAUUACAUGAACCCGGCUUCGUUGAGUCACUUGGAAGGAGCCGUUGGUCCGGUUACCAAACAAGAAGAUCAAACCAGUGCCCAUAAUCCCCUUUCCUCGGUGGACAUGAAAUAUCCGUACUCGUUGGAUUUCUCCCGACAGAAUCCGGCCACGGCAUCCGUAACUCGAAGCCAUCAUCACGAUGUGAUCCACCACAACCAUACGUACACGCUACCGCACAACAGCGGUGCCAAUCCAAAGCCACAAACCAGAGACAAAAGGAUCCGGAAAUCCGAAGAGGAGCACCUAACGCGGGAUGAAAAGCGUGCCCGCGCGCUCCAGGUUCCGAUCUCGGUGCAGGAUAUUAUCAACCUGCCAAUGGACGAAUUCAACGAACGUCUGUCCAAGUAUGAUCUGAGCGAGACGCAGCUGUCGCUGAUCCGGGACAUCCGGCGGCGUGGUAAGAACAAGGUUGCGGCCCAGAACUGUCGCAAGCGCAAACUGGACCAGAUUGUGUCGCUGGCCGAUGAAGUGAAGGAUAUGAAGAUGCGCAAGGAGCGCCUGCUCCGGGACCGCGAGAUCAUCCAAACCGAGCGGAAGAGAGUACGGGACAAGUUCUCCGCGCUGUACCGUCACGUGUUUCAGAAUCUGCGCGACGCUGAGGGAAAUCCCUACUCUCAGGAGCACUGGAGCCUACAGCAAAGUGCCGACGGCACGGUAGUCCUAGUGCCACGAAGUGUCGACCGUCAGCAGGACCUUUCCGCCAGCAGUCACCAACAGCAGCAACUGGGUAUGGCCGGUGGCAGUGGGCUGUCUCAUUCCCAUCACCAGCAGCAGCAUCACCUCCAUCUGCAGCAGCACCAGCAACAGCAACAGCAGCACGGCAAUGGACCGGUGUCCAACGGUACCAACAGUGGCAGCUCCGGUGCCGGUGGCGUGAGUCAACAUCGUCCGAAAGAGUGAGACCGGUCGCAUUGCCUUUAUCAGCAGCACUACCGGCAUUUGCAUCAUCAUCCCCAGUGGCCACCGUUGUUUUACUAAACGAUCUUAUAGAGCAAACAAAAAAAGGUUGGGCUGCCACAAUAAGAAAAUGAAUCCCUUGAGCGCGAGCAGUACAGUAACCAUCAGAUAACGGAAGGGAUCGACAUACACACAGAACAGAUUCAGGCAGAUAGAUCAACACACAUACACGAGAACAGAAUCAGAACCUCAGGAAUUUAGAACACUUAGAAAGGCCCCAGAACUUAGAGAAGCUUGCUGUCCCGCGCGCGCAUUGGCUUGCUUAUUACAUUGAAAUUAAUGUAUUACAACAAACGAUUCUAUAGAGAACAAUGUGGGAGAAAAGGUAACAUGUGUGUACUAAUUAAAGGGAACGCUAUAAGUCGGUUGAGUUAGUUUCCUUAGAGAGUAACUAAAAAUUUCGAUGGUAGCGGGCAAACACUAGACUCAUUCACCCAAGUACGUGUGCUUUUAUGUUUAAAAGAUGCGAGCCCUGGCUUUAUAUUCCAGAAUGUGGUGAACAGGAAUCGUGAGAAUUUGAAUUCGUUCCACCGACCGACAGCGACAGCAGCACGCUCAUAUUGAGUGUUUGACGCAGUUCGACUUACACAUACUACACACAUACCACACAACAGCAAUUGAUGCCCACAAAAUUGUUUCUGUUCAGAGGAGGCCAGCAAAGUCCAUCCACCAACAAGACCGAAGUUAUACAGUCAAAUCAACACACAUUCCGAUUGUUCAAAAUUUGUUUUUUGAUCAAAGUGAUUCAUUAGUUUUUCUUUUUUGUUCGGUUAGGAUUUUGAAAAUUGUGUCUAGGAAGCCAAAAAAAUUGUAGAACAUUAUGUCGAAACAUGGAUUGUUAAAAACAAACAACAGAAAAAAAAACAAAACCUUUAAACGAGUGAUAGGAAAACAACAAUCUACUCUGCAAAUAACAUCAUCCUCUCGCUUUUGAAAUGUGUAAUAUGUUUAAAACCAAGUUCGCAUCAGCAAUGAAUGAAUGAUCAACUAACAGCAGUGAAGAAAUGGUUCGCUUAAAACACACACACACACACACAUGCACACAAUAGGCAUAUUUGGUAUACCGCAGGCUCGCAAACCAGCAGACAGGAUUGGCAGGUAGGCAGGCAUGCGGAAGGUGUCGGAUCAGAGGACUCCGUCCGGUGGGGUCUCCGGAGGGCAGUGUGCUGGGGCGGAUAGGAACUACCAACGCCACUACGCCGCCUUCCGGGGAUCACCACCGCAAGGGUACAAAGCAAAAAAGAAAACAGUAGUACGAACAGUACGAAAAAAUGUGUUUGUGAUGAAUAUUAUUAUUAAUAUUAACAAAUAAUAUUAUUACCUUUUUUUGUACAUAGUCUGUAGUCGCUAAGAAAUAACGAUAACAAGGAAAAACCAGAUUUUUUUUUUCGUAUAACAGUCAGGAUUCAGAGGAAGAGGUGAUUAAUUAUAAACAGAAAUUAGUCGAUCGCUUACAGAACUAUAAGCAAGAUAAAGCUUUUUUUUUAGUUGAUAGAGGUGAAAGAUAAACACAAAACAAAAGAUAUAUUGAAGAAGCAAAUUUUUCAUUAAUGGAAAAUGACAAGUAACUAAUAAUUUAGCAGAGCAGAAAUUUUCAAAGGGUUUCCUUCGCACCGGACGAAAUCCAAAGCGUAUUUUUUUUUAUAGUUGGUUGGUUUUUGUGCUUGGUUUAACCCCUUUUCCUCUAUUUGACCAUUUCCGCAUCUAAGUUGGAAAGCUGUGCGUUGUUUUUGUGCAAAAUUAUAUGAGAACAAACGGAAGAAUUUUUAGCAGUGUAGUAAUAUUUGGGUGAAAAGCAGAUAAUUAUUGACGACGAAUAAAAUGAGGGAAAAUUUACAAAAAAAAAAAUGAGACAUCUGAAGUGAACAUGGAAUAUGCAGUUAUUCCUUUAAGUGAUUAUUAAGAUUGCUAUUGUUGUGUAAAUAUAUAUUAUAUACUGAGAAAUAAACACUUCUAAAAUCUA